ACUGAUUAGCACUUCAGUGGCACUUGAAUGGCGCUUACUUGUGGUAUUUUAUGGUAUAUAUGUAUAGUAUAUGCUGGUUGUAUAUUUCCCACCACUGUCAGAGAAACACUUGUGAAUUAAUAUGUAAUGUCACUGGACUUCCACUAGAUGGCAGCAGAUCACUCUGCUAAUGGUAGUCAAAGAAAAGUACUUUCUUUUUUACGGAAGCAGACUUUACUUUAGUUUCUUCCUCUAUAAUAAAGUUCAGACUCUAAGGAAUGUCAGUUAAUUAGUCUGGAGAGGAGCUUAGCUUAUUGAUUAGAAUACAACAUUUGACCUCCACAAAUGGCUAAAUAUCUAUAUAUACAAUAAAGCAUACUUAUUGAUAGUAUAAUACAUUUAUUCUUAAAUACAGGCUACAGACAAAUAGAUGAGCAGACAGUACAACACAAUACAUAGUCCGGCAAAAUAAACAGAUUGUGAGCAACAUGUGUUCAAAAGCACAAUGUCAUAUGGAGUAAAAACAUCUUUUACAAGUUGUUGAUUGCUGUAAACUGUAUUGUUCUGAGUCAUUCCAGAGGUCAUCAGAGGUCAUGGCUGUGGUCUAGAGGAGCUCUCCUCUGCGUCCAGACAGUUGUUGCAGCGCUCACUUUGUUUGUGCCGACUCGGACAGCUGACGCACAAGACGAGGGGAACCGGAGCCGAGACCAAACGGCUCCUGUGGAGGCGCUGACCUCGUCGCCCCCUCUUCAAGUCCAGGAGGCUCCUCUCAGAACCUCUGGCCCCUCGGCUCGGUGCCUGAAGCUCCUUCCAUUGUAUCCAGUGACGUUCACAGUCAGUGGCUCGGCCCAAACAAGUACGGGUUUGUUGUGCCGUCGCCUCUGAAGCUCUCCCUUCCCUCUUCCUCUUCCCUUUCAUGUCGGCUCAGACGCAGCAGAAGCUUUCCCGUAAAUCAAUGAAAUGUGAUGAAUCAGGAAAUGGAUCAUUUUAAUGGCGCGGCGCCUUUUUUCUUUUUCCUUUUUUACAGUGGAGCUUUUCUCUGAACCUCGUCAGCUUCCUGUUUCCAGAACAAGAACAUCAAUGUAAACGUCCUGAAAAGACGAAAGCACAUGUCAUCAUUUAGUCCAGUGAAAUGUAGUCUACUCAUAUAUCUCAUUUUCUUCCUAUGUACGUAUAUAUCUAUCCGGUGACACUGGAGGCUUGGGAGGAGAGAUCUCCUCUGAGCGUCUCCUCUUAAUCUUCUGCGGUUCUGCUUGUUAAAAAAAGGGUUCGGCACUAAAAAGAAAACUGCCGUUUAUCGCCACUGUUUUUAGUUCCUGUAACAUUUAAGACUCUCAGAUUUCACGGUAAGCUCACCACUUCUCUUAUGACCCUUAAAGUGAACGGUUGAUAUCUAGGUCUUGGGGAUCUAGUUUGGGACCUGGAUCAGAGACGAUGAUGGGAAGCUGGAGGUCGCAGGGGGGGUCAAAGCAGAAGGAGCUUGUGUCGUGACCCAGCUGCUCCGAGGUCUCCUCUGAACAAACAAACGCACACUCGGCAUUUGCAGGAAGGAGCCAUCAGUCAGAUGCGCGGAGGUCCUGGUUCACCAGAAGCCGCACCACCGACGCCCCUCCUAACAGCCGCCGCCGCCGCCGCUGCAGUCUGCGGUCAGUCGCUGCGGUCAGUCGCUGCAGUCCGGCGUCUCGGUUCAGCCAGAGGAGGCUCUUCACUCACCGGACUCACUCCUGUCUCCGCACCUUUUUGUUUUCUUCUCUCCCCCCGGCUCGGCUCAAGGAAAAGAGGGGUACAAAAAAAAGAGACGUCUGCGCUCCGGUCGACGGAAAGAGGACCGUUCGGUACAAACGGCGCUCGUGCCCGCGCCCUGGACGCGCGCCCUGGACGCCGUAGGACCAUGAGACUUGAAACCGUUUUGAAACUUGUCCCGUGCGUUGUGUUUUUACUCCCUCACGUAAUGCACGCUCAGACAGUGCCCCCUCCAGAGUGUGCGCCGGGCGGCCACUCCGUCCUCCAGGAGCCCUACCGCAGCGCCACCUUCAGCUCCAGCUGGCUGCAGCAGUCGGGCCUGCAGGACUUCAUCUGCGACCACUCCCUCGCUCCGGGCUGGUACCAGUUCCAGAUCUUUGAGAAGCCGGCCAGCAUGCCCACCCAGUGUGUGGAGGUAGACGAUCGGCAUGCCACACGGGCAUCGCGCUCUCCCUGGGGUGAAAGAUAUCCACAGGAGUGGGCGGUGGAAGGAAGAGAGGAUGCGUUACGUAAUAAGGCGACGUCUCUAUGAUGAUGGCGGAUGAAUGGCUGGAUUUAUC